UAUGCAUGAAGACAAUCUUCUGUCAUAGUUAAUGUUUCAUAGAACGUGCUCUAGAAAAUCAGCUCAUGCGAAUGGCAAUGUACUAAACUUCAUACUCCUGGCAUUUGUUUAUCUUAGUUUCCUUGCUGCAAUCUUUUGCUUUUUUCGAAGUGGUUGUCUACUCAACAUCGUAUGACCCUUUUUGGCAAUCAUUCAGUUUGAUGGUGGGAGUCUGAUGUUGGGCCGAUCAAUGAUCAGGAGAGAUGUCUUUUCACUUUGUCGUUUGAAGAAUUGGCGGAUGUUUCAGCAAAGCAAAAUACAAGUGAGCAUGAUUAAGACAUAAGCUCUAUCCAUACAAUGUCCUGGUAUGUCACUAGUAGCCCAUUUUGGGAGGUUUCCACCAUAUCGCACUCAGAACUUGAGCCAAUGCCAAAAGGUUUGAGUGUAAAGACAGGAGUUCCAGUGCAACAUUCUUGUGGCUUCAAACAAUAUCUUCAAGAGCAGGACUCAUGUUCUACUCAAUCGACGGGUCAAUCAUACAGUGAAUUGCCUAAUAUAGGAGGAAUUACUGACUAUAGCCAAGCCACAGUUUCUGAACAGACAGAACAUGGUGAAACUGAAGGGCAAUCUGUCAGAGGACAAGCUAAAUCAGUCUUGUCAAUGGGAACUCAAGAUUUAAUCUUCCAGCCUUUAGAGGUGUGUAUCCCACUCCAAUAUGCGGACCCAUCUUUCGGUGGGUUUACACCUGCUGCUUAUGGGCCACGGGCAAUGAUCUCUUACCCUCGAAUGGCUCGAACAAUACCUUCUCGACUGCCUCUGCCCUUUGAUAUGACGCGAGAAGAACCAAUCUAUGUAAAUGCAAAACAGUAUCAUGGUAUUCUCAGGAGAAGACAGUACCGCGCGAAGCUCGAGGCCGAAAACAAGCUCAUCAAGGAUAGAAAGCCUUACCUUCACGAAUCUCGGCAUUAUCAUGCAUUAAGAAGAGCAAGAGGAUCUGGCGGGCGUUUUCUCUCGAAGGAUCAGAAAAAAUCAAAAUUUACCUCCCUUAAUCAUGAAUCAAAUGUCACAAGCACAGCAAAGGUGUCUUCAGCCAGUGAUCUACUGAAUUCAGAGGUGUGUCAGCUGAAAGAUGACAGAGACACUGGCACCGCUACCUCUUGCUCUGAAACGACACAUACCACCACCAGUAGUGAGGCUAUCCCAGAAUCAAAUUUUAGGUUCUUUGGUCAACCUUGGCAUGUGAGGACCACGUCUGAUCCUUCUUGUGACAUUCAUUAUAGUGGGGAUAUUUGCCAUCUUUCUCUGCCAGGUGACACAUGAGUCAGAACAACAAUCACAGUCGGUGGCUGUGUGAAUUGGGUGCUGAAAUGGAGAAAGUACAGCUGCUGGUGUUCAAUGGGAAGUCAUCCUUGGCUCUGUUAGUGUUGCGUCUUGUUUGCUAGCCUUUUCAAAACUAUUUAACUCCGGGCUUGUCAAAACAUACGAUCUCUGUUCUGAAACUGUCGUCGUAAAUAAGCUCGUUUAAACGCACGAACAACACACGCCUCAAUGGUGCAACUUGAAAGUGCGGAGCAGAUGUUAUUAUGCGAAGCAUGUAAGAUGUUUGCCUGACUAUUCUCGGAAUUUU